AUGAACCCUAAGGAUUUAGAUAAAAUUAUUGAUAUAUUAAAAAAGUGUAAGUUGAUAGAAGAAAGAGAAGUUCGAAUUUUAUGUAGUGAAGCAAAAUUAUUAUUAUCAAAAGAAGAUAACGUACGUAAUGUUGAUAAUCCUGUCAUAAUAUGUGGUGAUAUACAUGGUCAGUUCCAUGAUUUAAAAGAAUUAUUUAAUAUAGGAAAUGAAUUACCAUAUGUUAAUUAUAUAUUUUUAGGUGAUUAUGUAGAUAGAGGUAAAUAUAGUAUAGAAACCUUUUUAUUAUUAUUAGCUUUAAAAAUAAAGUAUCCAUUACAUUUAACAUUAAUAAGAGGAAAUCAUGAGAGUAGGCAAAUAUCUGAGAUAUAUGGAUUUUAUGAUGAAUGUUUAAAAAAAUAUGGAUCAAUAAAUGUAUGGAAAUAUUGUACAGAUGUUUUUGAUUAUUUAUGCAUAGGAGCUAUUAUAGAAAAUAAAUAUUUUUGUAUUCAUGGAGGAUUAUCACCAUCUAUUGAAAAAAUAGAUGAAUUAAAAAAAAUUCAUAGAUUUCAAGAAAUACCAAGGAAUGGAGCUUUAUGUGAUAUCAUGUGGUCUGAUCCUAAUGAUCAAGAAGGAUGGAAUAAAAGUCCUAGAGGUGCUGGACAUCUAUAUGGACAUGAUGUUGUUGAAAAAUUUUGUCAUAUUAAUAAUAUUCAUAUGAUUGCUAGAGCACACCAAUUAGUUAUGGAGGGUUAUAAAUGGUCUUUCAAUAAAAAAUUAGUAACCAUAUGGUCAGCUCCAAAUUAUUGUUAUCGUUGUGGUAAUAUAGCAAGUAUCAUGGAAAUUGAUGAAAAUUGUUUUUUUAAUUUUAAGAAAUUUGGUCCUUCAGCAAUCGAUCAACAUGAUCUAAACAAUAAUACUACAAAUGAUUUGAGGAAAUUUCCUCCAGUCUAUUUUUCUUGA